AUGUUUUCUUUUUUCUUUUUUUCUUUCUUUUUCUUUCUUUUUUUUUUUAACUUCCCGCCGUCAUCAUCAAUUUCUUUCCUUUGUUCAUUCUUUCUUUCUCCUGUUCAUGUUUUUUCCACUGUUAUGCCCACCCUCCAAGUUGCAUGUGUAUUUCCUCGUAUACCCCCACCCACAACCGUAACUCUUUUACUUGUGCAUCACUCACGUGGCUUAACAUCAUCAUUGUUGCCCCAAAUUGACUUGUCAAACAUUGGUAUAAAUCUUAUCCUCUUCAUUUCUUCUUUCCUUUGUUCAUUUCCUGCUUUCUUUUCUUUAUCUAUCUAUCUAUCUAUCUAUCUAUCUAUCUAUCUAUCUAUCUAUCUAUGUAUCUAUCUAUCUGUCUUUCACAAUGUUUCAACAUAUCUAUCACAAUCUGUAAUGUAUCUCACAAUGAAAACAAGCUUUACUCUUUCUUUCUUCCUUUCUUUCUUUCUUCCUUUCUUUCUUUCUUUCUUUCUUUCUUUUUGUCCAAAGACAUUAAUAGUUGACUGUUUUCUUAGUAGGUGUUCCAUAAUUGCGGCCUUUAUCCAAAGUAUUCUAAACAUUAUCUAUCUAUCUAUCUAUCUAUCUAUCUAUCUAUCUAUCUAUCUAUCUAUCUAUCUCGGUCUUUACAUUAUCUAUCUAUCUAUCUAUCUAUCUAUCUAUCUAUCUAUCUAUCUAUCUAUCUAUCUCGGUCUUUACAUUAUCUAUCUAUCUAUCUCGGUCUUUACAUUAUCUAUCUAUCUAUCUAUCUAUCUAUCUAUCUAUCUAUCUAUCUAUCUAUCUCGGUCUUUACAUUAUCUAUCUAUAAAUCUCAGUCUUUUCAUUAUCUAUUUUUAUAAAUCUCAGUCUUUUUAUUAUCUAUCUAUCUAUCUAUCUAUCUAUCUAUCUAUCUAUCUAUCUAUCUAUCUCAUUUUUUUAUUAUCUGUCUAUAUCAUUGUAUUUUUCGUUUAUCGCCUUCACUCUAUACUACGAUCUUCUUUCUUCCUUCCUCUCACUCUUCUUUUUCUCUAUACAUACCAUACAAUUUUUUCCCUUCUUAACCUUCUCCUUUCUUUGUAUUUACAACCCAGACAUCGUCUCUACACACACAAAAAGAAUUAUUCUGACAAUCUUACUUCUUUUUCAUCUUUCUUUGCUUUUCUUUCUUUCUUUCUUUCUUUCUUUCUUUCUUUCUUUCUUUCUUUCUUUGUGUGUUCGUUCUUUAAUUUUCGUUUACUGUUUUUUCCCUUAAUUCUUUCUUCCAUUCAUUCUAAUUUUCUUGCGUGUCUUCUUUUUUCUUUCUUUCUAAUUUCCUUACCCGUCUUCUUUCUUUCUUUCUUUCUUUCUUUCUUUCUUUCUUUCUUUCUGUCUAAUUUUCUUAUGUCUUCCUUCUUUCCUACCUUCUUCUUUCCUAAUUUCCAACCUGUCUUCUUUAAUUUUCUUAUGUGUCUUCUUUGUUUCCUUCUUUCUUCCUUUCUUUCUUUCUUACUUUCUUUCCUUUUUCUUUUUUCUUUCUUCAUUCCAAAAUGCCUUCAUUCUUUCUUUCUUCCUAAUUUUGUUCGUAUCUUCUUUCUUUCUUUCUUUCUUUCUUUCUUUCUUUCUAAUUCCCUUAUGUCUGAUCCUCUUCUUUUCUUCUUUUCUCUUGUCUCCCUCCUCCUCUCCCUCCUUCCAUCUCUCUUUCUCUCCUCUCUCUCCUCUCUCUCUCUCUCUCUCUCUCUCUCUCUGUCAAUUUCUUUCUAUUUUCAAUUUGCAGCUCGUAUUUUUAAAUUCUAUCUCUGUCUAUCUUUCUUUUUUUUCUUUCUUUCCGAUUUCUUUCCCUCUCAGACAUUCUCUUGCUCUAUCUAUCUAUCUAUCUAUCUAUCUAUCUAUCUAUCUAUCUAUCUAUCUAUCUAUCUAUCUCAUUCCAUUAAUAUUAUAAUCUAUCUAUCUAUCUAUCUAUCUCAUUCCAUUAAUAUUAUAAUCUAUCUAUCUAUUUAUCUAUCUAUCUAUCUAUCUAUCUAUCUAUCUAUCUCAUUCCAUUAA